UGCGAUUCAGUCAAAGCGAGUAAUUUGCGACUUUGUGCUAAUUCCCUAGUUUCAACGCAACUUUCAAAAAUGGCACACGCUCAUUUGGACCUAUUGAGUUUUUCAAAUCCAGUUUUUAGCUCGUACGCUUACUGGGGCGCAAUUUUGGUAAUAAAAUGCUUUCUCAUGAGCCCGUGGACAAGCUACUUUCGCUAUAAAAACAAAGCUCCAAUAAGUCCAGAAGAUGUGUCGAUACACAAGUUUGUUGGUGCCCGUGGUGAAAUCAAAGUAAAUCACAGCCAUCCAGAGGUCGAACGGGUUCGAAGAGGCCACUUGAAUGACUUGGAAAAUAUUCUGCCGUAUUUGUUCGUCGGUUUAUUCUACGUACUGACGAACCCAUCGGUAUCGCUGGCCAAAACACUGUUCAAAGUAGCAGCUCUCGCUCGUAUCGUUCACACCAUUGUUUACACUGUUAUUGUGAUCCCACAACCAGCUCGAGGUACCGCCUGGGCUAUACACUAUGCCAUCGCGUUAUACAUGGCCAUUUCGGUUGUACUUUACAGCAAAUGAACUUAAAUUCCAUAUAUUUUUAAGAUUAUAAACCAGAAUAAGCAAUCGAAAUGUCAUUAACUAUGCUGAACAAAACCGGCACGCACACACGCAACAAACUUUAAUAAAUCAUAUAUGAUGAAUACAUGAAAAUCGUGUUCUGACCGAACAUGGUUGCCGUUUGUA